CCCCGCGGCUGCUUCGCAGCUUUUCCCCUUCCGCCGCUCAACGUUUGCUGCCUCACCACAACAACAACAUUCACUACUCUCAGAUACUCCGCUUUGCAACAGAUUUACACCGCUAGGCACGCGGAGCAACCGCAGACCAUACUACGGCAACACGGCGGUGGCCUACCUAAUCUCGGACAAGUGGACCAUGGGCCAGUUCGUCAGCCCGUUCGAUAUGCAUCUAGACAAGUACUCUGCUCAAUUCAUCAACGGCCAGUUCACGCCGCAGUACACCGACUCGCUGCCGCCCAAGCAGAUGUGCGGCCAUUGGGACGUCCCAGAUAAGCGAUACGAUGCAUUCACGGAUGCCACAAGUCAAGCCCUAGAGCGCAUCGCCAGGAGGAAUCAUAAAAGCUCGUCAACAUCCACAAUAAUGUCCAGAACCACACACUUGACGACAACGCUCCACAACCACCAGCCCACCCAGCCCGCUACGAGAUCUCGCAGACGCGCUGCAACUGCAAAGAAAGAGAAAAUUAGCAUCCGUCAGCCUUAGACAAGCCCGCAAACAACCUGCCAGGGCCGCUAAAGAAGAGGCCGCUAAGAGAGCGGCCGAGGAAAGACAUCUCACAUACGAGGUCUUUAAACCACUCCCAGCCGAUGUCCGACCCAUAUACGCCGAAGCUGC